CUUAAUCAAGGAAUAAAACAUUCGCAACGGCAUUCGAGUUGAGGGCGCGGCAUGGAACAGCUGCCUGAGGGGGACGUUGGGAAUCUGGACUUGCAUCCGCUGUUCACGCCUACCAGGCUGCUCUUCUACUUCAACAAGCUGUGGGAACUGUGGAGCACCUUCAGCUGCCACCUCAUUACGUACAUUGAGCGCGGCCGUGGCGAGUACUUUGCGGGCUUCUGCAGCUUCUACCUGUGUUGUCCCCAGUGGCAUUGGAGCUGGUUGCUCAUUGGGCAUAUAGAGGACGAUGAUGAUGAUGAUAAUGGGGACUAUGAUGAUUAUGAGCAUUUGGAGUAUGGGGAUGAAAACGAUGAGCAGGAACAGAGGCAAAAUUUCUACCAUUUGGUUCAUAUGUCGCUCAUAUUUCGUGCCUCCCAUUUCAAUGACAGUUGAUAUUGUCAGUAAGCCAAAUUGAAAUUCUAUUUCGAGUUCUUUUCUAUGCCGAAAA